CACAAGUGUUAGUAUAACAGUUGGUGACUGUGAGAGAUUGCACUGUGUGAGCAAUGAGAGAUAUAGGGAAAGUAGUGCAUGGGUUGAAACCAGCCCUGCUGAUGUUGAUGGUGCAGAUUGCAUUUGCUUCCGUGAACGUGCUCUACAAACUUGCCAUAAAUGAUGGAAUGAGCGUGAGAAUAAUCACUGCCUACCGUCUCAUUUUCGCUGCAGCUUCUACAGUUCCUCUUGCUCUUAUUUUUGAAAGGAAAAACAUACGAACGCUGACUUGGAGGGUGAUUUUAAAGUCAUUUUUCUGUGGACUAUUCGGGGGAAGUCUAUUCCAAAACCUUUAUUUCGAGUCCUUGAAAUUGAUUUCAGCAACAUUUGCUUCUGCUGUUUUUAAUCUCAUUCCUGCCGUCACUUUUAUCUUGGCCGUCACUUGCGGUUUCGAAAAACUAAAUUUCCAAAGGGCAGCUGGUAAGGCUAAGGUGUUGGGAACGAUAACAGGCGUUGUCGGGGCAAUGAUGCUGACCUUUCUCAAAGGUGUAGAAAUCAACAUCUGGACCUCCCACAUUAACCUUUUGCAUAAAAAGGGUACCACAGAAACGCUAAAUGGUGACUCUGGAAGUAAAUUGCUAGGAGUUUUUUGUGGUCUUGGAAGCUGCUUAUGUUUUGCAUUAUGGCUCAUUAUUCAGGCUCAGAUGAGUAAAGAGUUUCCAGGCCAUCACUCAAGUACAGCUCUGAUGUCAACAAUGGGGGCAAUUCAAGCCACUGUUUUUGCCCUGUGUAUUGAGAAGGAUUGGAGCCAAUGGAGGUUGGGUUGGAACAUUAGGCUUCUAGCUUCAGCAUAUUCGGGAAUUGUGGCUUCUGGAAUAAUGGUUGUUGUGAUAGCAUGGUGUGUAAGGAUGAGGGGUCCAUUGUAUGCAUCUGUUUUCAAUCCUCUACUGCUAGUGCUUGUGGCAGUUGCUGGUUCCUUGAUGUUGGAUGAGAAGCUAUACGUAGGAAGUGUGAUGGGAGCAGUGCUAAUUGUGAUGGGAUUGUACAUGGUGCUGUGGGGUAAGAGCAAGGAAAUGAAAAGAGUGAGUGACUUAGAAACUACUCCAGAAAUUGAAGAAAUUGAGGUUGUUGUGACGUGUAGGGCAACAGAGGAUGAUAAAAGCAACGACAAGUACAACUGUAGUGAGAGGAACAUUAUUGAGAAGUGUAAUGAUAAUGCAUCAAAAAGCAGAGAUGAAGGACAAGACAACGAAAGUAAUGGGAAAGAAGAUAUGGGUAGCUCUGGGAAGCCUUGAAGACCUAAAAAGUACAACGAAGAAUAUAGAAUGACAGAGGGUACAUAGUUGGAUGCAAAGCUAACUCAUCUUUUUCCAUUGCUGCCACCUUCAAAAGGGAAAGAUUUGAUAGUUUACCCACAAAACUUUAUUCAUAACCACUUCUGAUAAUUUCAAUCUAAGCAAACAUUUAUUCUGCUUUUGAAAUAAUUUCAAUCUAAUGCAACUUUGGAACUGGA